CUCUAAGCACGCUGACCCUUCAUUAAAGCAAAUCAAUCAACAUGGGACAUUUGUACUUCUCUCUGAUUUUAUUCUUCCUGACUGGGGGUCUUUGUAUGGACACUUCAGACUGCCCUCGUCAUUUAAGUAAAUGCGACCUCUAUGUUUACGGUGACUAUUGCUUAAAAGUUCACUAUGGUGACUAUGACUGGGAAACUGCCAGAAAACUGUGCCUCAAUGAGGGAGCUGAUCUUGUACAACCAAGAACAUCCGGUAUACAGGAAUAUAUCCGGGUCAGCUUACUGCCCCAGAAACAGAGAUCCGAGGAAGACGGAUUCUGGAUUGGUGCGACGGAUUUAAAUUCUGAAUCCCAUUGGAGAUGGGUGUCAGGUGACCCCCGAAUGCCGUACAGUAACUGGGAGUCAGGGCAAGGACCCUCUCAGUCUGGAUUUCUGUUUGCCGCUGGAGAUCUGGAGGACUGUGCAUUAAUGAAAAUCCAGGACGGAUUCCGUUGGCAUGACUACCCAUGUUCUAAUUUCUUUUAUCAUUACUCAUUUAUAUGCCAACACAAAAAGAUCCCACGCUCAACACAGGCAGCGCAUUUCAAUCACACUCACCCAAAGACUUCCAAGUAUGUACCACCAACCACGACGAAAUACGUCCCACCUACAACGACAAAAUACGUUCCACCUACCACAACAAAAUACGUUCCACCGACUACAACCAAAUAUGUUCCCCCAACUACAACAAAAUACGUUCCACCGACCACAACCAAAUACGUUCCUCCAACAACGACGAAAUACGUUCCACCAAUCACAACCAAAUACGUUCCCCCGACUACAACAAAAUUUGAUCCAGAAACUUUUACGACGACAAGGUUUGUUCCUUGGACGGAGAAAACAACUAUGCUUAGUGAGAAGACACGAUCAUCAACAGAUCAGAUGAUGACAGACACACCAUUACCUUCCACAACAAUGAACACAAAUACCCCUCUCCCAUCCACUACGCCGGAAGAGCCAUCAAAGUCGCCCUCCGCCCCUGAUGGUUCUGGUGGUGAUCCUUUCAGUGUCGGAUUUGCAUCUACCAGAAAACCACCCCCUUCUACCACAGAGGAGAAAUCAGGAGUACUCAUCAUUGGAUAAGAUUUAGUGUUAUUGAGUUUAACAAUCUGAACCAAAAUGCCUGAAAGAUA